AGACUCACCCCAGAAAGUUGCAUCCAUGUUCAAGGCCCAAGGGAGAAGACGACUCAGAUUGCCAAGUUUAGCUCAUCAGAACUUGAAACAGCAUUGGGGCGCAUCCAAUUUUGCAAGAUGGCUGAGGCCUUGGUGGCUGCUGCAAGAACCUUGAAUAAAUUGAAUAAGACUGGCCUCUCCUCACAAACAUCGCCAGCUGAGCGACGCAGCAAUCCGUCCUGCGUUUCUGCACAAUUUCCUCGGAGAUCUGGAGUUCAGGGAAGUUCCUUCUUCCCAGGAAACUCCCCAAUCGAAUUCAGAAAGAGUUUGAUCCAAGCACUCACACAUUGCAGAGCGCCAGUCAGGACUUUGAAAAGAGGGACGCCAAUCCAGGCCAUUCGGCUGCCGUCUCUCGACGCCCAAAAGCAGGAGGACAAGUUCGCGGAGGUUUCGGUGGACAACGCGUGCGACGAUCAGUACACGGUGAUCACAGUCAGGGCCAGCAACCGGCCGGGGCUCCUGCAGACAGUGACGUCCACUUUCAGGGAUCUCGGGCUGGAGGUGGCCAAAGCGACUGCCGACAUCAAGGAUGGGGUGGUGGGGGACGUGUUCUACGUCACUGGGGCGGAGGGGAGCAAGAUCACCAGAGACUGGGACAUCAAGAACGUCAAGAAGUGCCUGGAGAGCGUGCUCAAGCAGGACACCGGACGCUUCGGACGAUUGCAGAGCAGGUGGCCCCUCACGUUCCACUUUCCGGACAGGUCAUACCCCCCAGGCACGGCGGACGAGCACCGGCGGAAGACGGAGCUGCUGUACACGCUGAUGGACGAGUACAUCAAGAAUGAUGUGCUGUCAAUUCAGCAGAGCAUCAUGGACCACGUCGAGUACACGGUGGCGCGCAGCAGAUACCGCUUUGACGACUGGGAAGCUUAUCAGGCUGUGGCUUACAGUGUCCGUGAUCGACUCAUUGAGAGCUGGAAUGAUACGCAGCAGUUCUUCAAGAACUCAGACCCCAAACGGGUCUACUAUCUGAGCAUGGAGUUUCUCAUGGGACGGUCCUUGUUGAAUAGCGUGUUCAACCUGGGGGUGAAAGAUAAGUAUGAAGAGGCGCUUCGACAAUUGGGAUACGACCUGGAGACGCUUGCGGAACAGGAGCGGGAUGCGGCGCUAGGCAACGGAGGCCUUGGGCGACUAGCAGCGUGCUUCCUGGACUCCAUGGCCACCCUCAACUAUCCGGCUUGGGGUUAUGGAUUGAGGUACCAAUACGGCAUGUUUAGACAAAGUUUGAGGGAUGGCUUCCAGUACGAGCAGCCUGAUUACUGGCUGAACUUCGGCAACCCCUGGGAAAUCGAGCGGGUUCAGUUCUCCUACACAGUGAAAUUCUACGGCAAGGUGGAGAAGAAGUGGGAGGACGGGGUGGAACGGCACAUCUGGAACGCCGGGGAGCAGGUCGAGGCCGUGGCGUACGACAACCCCAUCCCUGGCUACGACACCCCCAACACCAUCAAUCUGCGGCUGUGGGCCGCCAAGCCGAGCGGAGAAUUCGAUCUGGAAUCAUUCAACACCGGGGACUACGUGACGGCAAUUCUGAACAAGCAGCGGGCGGAGACGAUCAGUAGCGUGUUGUAUCCUGACGACCGAACUUAUCAAGGCAAGGAGUUGCGGCUGAAGCAGCAGCACUUCUUCGUGUCGGGCACGCUGCAGGACGUGAUCCGACGGUAUAAGGAGAAGCACGACCACUUCAAAAUGUUUCCCGAAAAGGUCGCGUUCCAGCUGAACGACACGCACCCGACGAUUGCGAUCCCGGAGCUGAUGCGGCUGCUGGUGGACGAGGAGGGGCUGCCGUGGGCGGAAGCGUGGGGCGUGGUGACGCAGGUGUUCUCGUUCACCAACCACACCAUGCUGCCCGAGGCGCAGGAGAAGUGGCCCGUCGAGCUCAUGGAGUCGCUCCUGCCGCGCCACAUGCAGAUCAUCUACGACAUCAACUUCCAGUACAUCGAGCAGCUGAAGAAGCUGAUUGGCAACGACUACAGCAGGAUUGCUCGCAUGUCCAUCAUCGAGGAGGGCCAGUUCAAGUCGGUGCGCAUGGCCUUCCUGGCCCUGGUGGCUUCCCACACGGUCAACGGAGUUGCUGCCAUCCACUCGGAGCUGAUCAAGAACACGCUGUUCAAGGAAUUUGUGGGCAUCUGGCCACACAAGUUCCAGAACAAGACCAACGGAGUCACGCAGCGGCGGUGGCUGGCCAACUGCAACCCGCGGCUGCGUGACGUCAUCACGUCGUGGCUGGGCACUGAGAAGUGGAUCACCAACCUGGACCUGCUGGCGGGCCUCCGCGAACAUGCAGAGGACCCCGAGCUGCAGCAGCAGUGGCGCGACGUCCGGAAAGCGAACAAGAAACGCUUUGCGUACUACCUGGAGACAGUGAGCGGUGUCAAGGUGAGCACGGAGGCGAUGUUCGACGUGCAGGUGAAGCGCAUCCACGAGUACAAGCGGCAGCUGCUCAACGUGCUCAGCAUCAUCCACCGGUACGACUGCAUCAAGCAAAUGAAGCCGGAGCAGCGCAAGCUGGUGGUCCCCCGUGUGUGCGUCAUCGGCGGCAAGGCGGCCCCCGGGUACGACAUGGCCAAGCGGAUUAUCAAGCUCGUCAGCGCAGUAGGCGACGUCAUCAACAAGGACCCUGACGUCGGCAACCUCCUCAAGCUGAUCUUCGUCCCCGACUACAACGUGUCGCUCGCUGAGCUGAUCAUCCCCUCGACGGACCUCUCUCAACAUAUCAGCACUGCCGGGAACGAGGCGUCCGGCACGAGCAACAUGAAGUUCGCCAUGAACGGGGCGCUCAUCCUAGGGACCAUGGACGGGGCUAACGUCGAGAUUGCGGAGGAGAUUGGGGACGAAAACAUGUUCAUCUUUGGAGUGCGGACGGAGGAGGUGCCCAAGCUGCGGCAGGAGCGGCCCUCCUUCCGGCCGUCGCCAGCGUUCCAAAGAGUCGUACAGAUGAUCCGGGACGACAAGUUUGGCUUCGCUGAGUAUUUCAAGCCUGUGGUCGAGUCUAUCACGGGACCCGACGUCUACCUGCUGGCCAAUGACUUCGACUCCUACCUCCUAGCUCAGGCCAAAGCCGACAGAACGUUUGUGGACCGGCAACUGUGGACCAAGAUGAGCAUCCUGAGCACAGCUGGGUCCGGCAAGUUCUCGAGCGACAGGACGAUAAAGCAGUACGCCGACGAGAUAUGGAACAUCAAGCCCUGCAUGAGGCCCAUCUGAGGUUAUCGCGGGGCGGGGUCUGUACAGUGCCCGUAAAGAUUGCGGGGGACGAAGACACCUUUAUAGGCAUCUCGACAUUGUUUAGCGGUCAAGGGCUAUCAGAAUGAACGAUGACGGACGACAUAGGCACUCGUCACAGGGUUAAAUUCGGUAAUUGACUGGUUCUACAUGCAUUAUGAAACUCAACAAGGAAGAAAUUGGUUGCAGCAGUGUAACUCAAACUGGUCUAGCUUGCACCUUGUGAUCAGAGGGCGCGAAUCUGCUUUGCGAAGUACAAAUCGUGAUGAAUGAGUUGCAAACUUACAUGAUCAGAUUUAUGUCUUAUGGCUCGAUGAGGACACAACGC